CGAGUUACUUUGCAUCAUCCAGUAUAUGUUCAGUCAAGUGUCCGUGUCUAAUAUCUGAGGUGAUGUUUUCUUUGCUUUUGUCUCCGUGAAUGGUGAUGAACCGUUCACACUCAGCCCUCAUGCGAGAUGGUUUGGUUUUUGGAAGGAAUGUGCUUUUUACCUACUUUUCUGGUAAUCUGGUCAUCGAGCACAUUCAUAAUAUCUUAUAUCAUCGCAUUGUUUCGACGAGAUGUGGACGUUGUCCUUCCUUAUAUAAGUGAUACAGGGGCAAAUCCACCUGAAAGCUGUGUGUUUGGAUUCAUGUCAACAAUCACUUCGUUUGCAGCCUUUGCUACUAUGUAUGCUGAAUAUAAAUUUGUGGAAAGAGUCUACGAGACAACCGGUGCUGUGUCACCGGGUCUGAACAAGGCUUCUUUUGCUGUUGGCGUCAUCUCUUGCGUCGGCAUGUGUUUGGUUGCUACAUUUCAGGAGACGACGGUGAUGGCAGUCCAUGAUCUGGGUGCUUUACUAUUCUUCAUCUUUGGAGCUAUAUAUACUAUCAUUCAGAGCGUGAUCUCGUACCGUGGUCGUCCUUACGGACCUUCUAAGUGGAUGUGUCAUUUCCGUGCAUUCUUCGCUGCAGUGGCUUUUUUAGCUAUUUUUCCCACUAUUUUCUGUGCCGUUUCUGUUGGAACCAGCAAACCUCACUGGGACAUCAAUGAUAAGGACUACACACUUCAUAUAGUGAGUGCUGUGUGUGAGUGGAUCACUGCCUUCAGUUUUGUCUUCUUCUUCUUAACAUACAUCCAAGAGUUCCAGCAAUUCACCCUGAAACUGACUGUUAAUUUAAUAGAGUAUUAAUGACUGUGACAUCAUACUGUUAUUGGAGUUAUGUUUCACUGUUUUUGGUGCAUUUUUAUUCAUAUAAUUGUAUUUUUUUAUACAACUUAUUAGCUUUUUUCACGUUGAAAGAUCUGUAUAAUCAUUUGCAGUGUAUAUUUUUGUAGCUUGCACUUUGGUCUUUGGAAAAAAAAAGGCAUGAAACGUACUUGAAAUGUAAUACACUCUAACAAUUAAGAAAGUUUUAUCAUAGUGAUUCUCCUUUUAUAAUAAUCAACCAAGGCAAAAUAGCACAUUCAUAUUUGCAUUUAACCAAUCUUUGCUUCGGUUGUUUUUCUACAUGAUCAUUUAAAAAAAAUCAGUGCAGCUGAGAGCGAACCACAGGUAUUUUUUUUUUACUCUUGUUGUUUAUGCAGUGCAAUGUGAAUGUAAGUCCGUUGAUUGCACAAUGUGUCCGAUUUUGUAAUUCUGGAAUAAAAACACAUGACAAUGAUGA